CCUUCACUUCAUUCUACGAAUGUUUUCACAACAGCAACGCUGUACUUUCGGAAGUUCGUGAACCGUUCAAAAUGUUACGCGUUUCAGUCGUUCGAUUGUUUUAAAUUUUUUUUCGAUGUUUUUUCCACUGGCGCCGGUUUUGUUUCGUGUUUCAGCCGUGUCAGUAUCGGUAAUGCGGUUAAUAAUUUUUUAAAUCGUGAUAAAUUGUCCGAACGUGUAGUUACGUGUUGUGUGCAUGCAUUUGUGGUGCAACUUCUAUUCGAAGAAACGAGUUUUUCCAUCUUUUUUACUGCAAAUUUUCGAUUAAAAUUAUGAGCUAAUUAAGCGGUGAAGAAUUCGCCAAACUGAAGAUAAUGGGAACGCAAGAAUCCACAUAGGAUGGCAGCUUGUAUUAGCAGGGGUCCGAAGACGACCUCUGCUAACCAACACACCCUCGUUACAACGCACGCCACUGGUUGUACUCAGCAACAACAGCAAUAUAAUCAAAUCAUAAAGAUUUACACAGAAUGGGGAAAUCAUUAUUUAGAAAAGGCUCGUUUCAAGAAAUUAAUCCAGAAUUUGCAGAGCGAUUUGACCGAUGGAGUGUUACUAGCUGAUGUCGUAGAAGCUGUUUGUGGCCAAAAAGUUCCAGAUAUUAACAGAAAGCCAAAAACUCCCGUUAACAUGGUGGAAAAUAUUGUCAAUUGUUUAACGUUAUUGGAACGUAUUGGAGUGACAUUGGAUGGUAUUACCGCCAAAGAUGUCAGAGAAGGAAAUUUGAAAACAACUUUGGGACUGUUUUUUGCCUUGUCCAAAUACAAGCAGCAACAAAAACAGCGUCAGACUACCCAGUCCAUUUUACUGACCCCCGAGCGACAACAACAGAAACGUCAACACUUGGCUCCCCCAUCUGAAGAUAUGAAGCAGUCUAAAUUACCUUCUCCGCAUUAUAAUCAUCAAUCGACAGCUGUAUUGGGAAAUUCUGGAACAAAUAUACCCACACCUAUAUCACAAAGGCAAAGCCGAGCUCUAGCUCCAGGUUUGAAUUCAUUGAAAUGUUCAUCGUCGAACAACAGUUCUCGUUCAGCCAGUCCGUCACAUUCGUUUAUUCCAACUCCGAAGUCUGGACAGAAUGCUAGAUCAUCUUUAAAUGAAAAACAGUUGACGAGCAUACGAAACAAAAUUCCGACGGUGAAUAGCUCGUAUAAUGCGUCUCUGGCACCGAAUGGUAAAAUUUCCAUGAAUGAUAAAGUAAAGGGAUUAAAUGCGAAAGAGAAAAAUAAAUCUAUUGUUGGUUUGAGUAAUAGUAGCAUUAGUAGCGCCAAGAGAACAUCAAGCUCGAGCGGUGUGAGUUCCACUCGCUCUGAGCGCAGCAGUGAUUCUUCUAACAGUACUUGUAAUGAAGUUAGAUCAUCGUUCAGUGACCAAAAAGAAAAUCAUGUUUCAUUUACUGUGAAUGAAGUUAAACCCAUGUUAAGAAAAAAAGUGGUCGUAAAACCAACUGAAAAUAGAGCUGUGAAACUUCCCGGUAAAACAAAUCCUUUGAAGAUCGAAGAAAAAACUUCGCAGGAAUCAUCUAUAAAUUCAAAUAAAGAAGACAGAAAAUCAGCCAUGAACGAAUCUUCUAGAUUAAGUGGUAGUGGAAUUCCUAAACCGACUGCUGCUGUGAAAGGUACCGCCAAACCGACUAAUAGCGUUGCUCCAAUGAUCGUAAAGCAUGAAACAGAAGAAAAACCUAUCAAUAACGUCGAAGAAAUCAAUGUAAAAAAGAAUGAUGUAGAAAAACCUCACCCUAAAUUUGAAGCCGGUAAUCAUUCUAAACAAUCUUCUAUCGGCGAGGACGAAGAUACUUUGGCGAAUAUUAAACCUAUGGAACCAUUGUUACGAGGAUAUAAACGUGGAGUAGUUCUUCCUCAUAGAAUCACCGUACCUGCCAACGGCUUUAUAGAUAAUCAACAACGAAUUUUGAAUAAUUACCAUGCGCAGCAGUACCACUAUUUAUCAAAAUCAGACGUUAAAAAAGGCUCAGACCGUGAUAAUUAUGAAAUUAAUUCUGGUUAUGUUUCCGAUGGCGACGUGUUACAAUCGAAUGUUUCCAUGAGUGGUAAAUUAUAUAACGAUGUAGACGGUGGAUACAUGUCCGAAGGAGGUGCUCAAUUUUACGAACGCUACUCAAAUAAUCUUGAAAUGAAGCUUAAAGCACUGAAGAAAAGCGAAGCUUCCAAAGCUAAUAACCUGUCUUCCAUAUCCGGUUCAACGAAUAUCAAGCAAACAUUAAAUGAUAGGAGUCAUUCAACUGAUGUGUUGACUGCGUUAUCAACUGGUAGUCCGUUGCACAAGUUUGGUAAUAAGCUAAAUGGGAGGGGGCCGGGACCCGAUGAGGGUCCCAUUAGUCCCCCAGAACCAACACCUACUCAUGCUGGUAGCUACAACACGUCAUUUCGAACUUCACCUCCUCAUAUGAGUCCACCUGAACCUACUCCGGUUGUAUAUCGAGUGAUUGGAGCCAGAAGCCACAUUAAAAAAUCCGACAAUAGUCAACAAACUGAUAAUAGCGCCUUUAGUCGGCAAUCGUUGAAUAAUAGCAGCGGACAAUGGAAAAAGUACACAGAUUCGGAGAUGAAUUCUGAAAGUAAUCGAAUGACGAAUUCACAGUGUCCGGAAAAUGUUCGAAUUCGUGAUAAACGAAGCCCCAGUGCAGGCCCUUCUUCUAAUACUAAUAGUUUACUUCGUAGCAAAGUUGAUAAGAGACGCACAUCUUCUACAUCGAGCGCUACUGGUUCGAGAGAAGAAUUAAUGGAUAUGGAAUACUACAACGGUGAAAGGAAAUCGCGAGUAGAUGGUAAAAGUAAAGUUAGAGGCGUUCCUUCGAGCUUCGGGUACGUGAAAAAGUCGACGAACACAAACGGAAAAGAAUCACGUACUGCUCAAGUUUCAGCUGUGCCUAGAACAAAGGUGAAAGUGUCAGGAGGUACACAAACUGAUAUUAAAUCUUAUUCGCUGAGUUCAACAACUGCCAGUCAACUGUCACAAUGUGUUCGUGAAAGAAUUAUGAUGGGACAAGAUUCUAUUCCUAAAUCACCAUCUAGAACUCAAAAUGCUCAUAAAACAGUUGAUCGUGAUUCACUGCCUGGGUCGUUAUCAGAUUCCACUUAUACUGAUUUGCAAAUUAUGUCGAAUCAGCACAAUUCUUGGUUUAGACACGGAUCGCCUUACACUGCCUCGUUACCAACUAGAUCUAGUGCAAAUGCCGGGUUAAUAGAUGCGGACAGUAUCGAAUCGUUGCCGGCUCAGCUCCAUCACAGAGCCAGUUUAACGAAUGCUAGAUUUAUAUCAGGAACUUCGCCUUCGUCUUCUAACGUACCUUCCAGAUUGUCUCGCAGUAAUAGUAUUAGCUAUCUUCGUGAAAGGACUUUCCCAAGAUCUACGAAAUCAGAGAAACUGUACCCAUCGAUGUUACAAAGAUCAGACGAACUGGAACCAUUGUACAGCAUACCAUACGGCAUGUCUGGUAGUCCUGGCCACAUGAAUAACUGCAAUUCUCAAGAUGAACCUCCUAGUCCUACACCUAGUCAUUUAUCUCAGGGUACUUCCGUUGGUAAUAGUUCCAGGUAUCAUUAUACUGCUUCGCCGUCUUCAAACCAAAGUUUCAAUCGAAAUUCUCCGUAUAUGAAUUUUUUGACAAAAAUGAAUUCCAAAGAAGAUGAUAUGCAUGGUUCAGCUAUGAGUUUGGUUUCCACCGCAUCUUCAUCUUUAUACAGCACGCCGGAAGAUAAACAAGCUCAAGAAAUGCGGCGUCUGAAAAAAGAUUUGAGUGAAGCCCAGCAGAAAGUCCAUACUCUUACUAGUCAGUUAUCAACAAACGCUCAUGUCGUUUCGGCUUUUGAAAAAUCACUAUCAAAUAUGACCCAGAGAUUGCAACAACUGACCGCCACGGCUGAGAAAAAAGAUUCUGAGUUGAUGGAAUUACGGCAAACGAUCGAAGCACUGAGGAAGCAAAGCGGAGGAGCAGAGAAUACAACCAUCAAAGAGGGUACUCCUACACAUAAUAAUUGUUCUCCAUCUUUAGCUCGAAGGCACACCAUCAACACAACUAUCGAUUCGAAUCCAAAUAACAAUAUAUCGAGACAAUUGUCUACCGAUUCGAUGUCUAGUUUGGUAUCGAUGUCUUCGGCGUGCAGUAUGUCCAGCGGUAAUCAACUUACCGAAUUGGAUAAAAAUAAAAAGAAAGGCGGUUGGUUACGUAGUUCCUUUAGCAAAGCAUUUUCACGUUCGAAAAAGAAUCGUAACGGAUCGCUAUCGGAUGUGGAAGAUUCGCGAACGACGCAGUCCAAUUUGUCAGCACCUUCGUCACCGUUGCUCAACUCUCCUCAUCCUAUAAACGGAAAUAUUUCCGAUGAAAUGAAAUCCAACGGGUCGACUAUGAAAAAUAGCCAAUCGUCUUCGGAGUUAUACGAGAAUAAUAACGAUAGAUCAAUCAAUGAUAACGAAUACAGUCCCGAAUUAGUACUAGAAUUGAAGAAACAAUUACGCGAAAAAGAUUUAGUACUUACGGAUAUCAGACUGGAAGCGUUGAGUUCGGCGCAUCAAUUAGAAUCGCUUAAAGAUACUGUGAUCAAGAUGAGAAACGAAAUGUUGAAUUUGAAGCAGGAUAACGAACGAUUACAGAGGAUUGUUACAAGUAAAUCCUUAGCAUCGUCACAGAGUUCUUUACAAACGCACGAUAGCAUGGAUAGAAGAUACAGUACCACGGACGUUUGUAACGAUCGAACUGAAUUAGACAUGAUGUUUACGGAAAACGCCGAUAUGGAUGCGAAAAAAGUAGCCGUAUGGGUAUUCUUCGGAGCACAUGGGAGUUAUAAUAAAUACGUAGAGGAACGAAACGAAUGUCCUAUCUCUUUAAUUCCAGUCUCAACGAAAACCAAUUGGGAAGCGUUGGAUAAUCUAGUUUUUAGAGCUUUUAAGGAAUACCUCGAUCGUACCGAUCCCAACACUAAUCUAGGUUUAAGUCAAGAUUCAAUUUGGAGUUACCAUGUCGGCGAAAUAGUUCGAUACAAAGAUAGCAAAGAACCGGAGCUGUUACCUUGUGGAUACCUAGUAGGCGGUUCAUCAUCGUCGAUUACCGUUUGCCUAAAAGGAGCACUUCAUAGUGGCUCGUUGGACGCUUUAGCUUUCGAAAUGUUGAUACCAAAGUCUAUAAUUCAAAGAUACAUAACGUUGUUAGCCGAGCAUCGUAAGAUAAUGUUAUGUGGGCCAACGGGUACCGGAAAAACGUACUUGGCUAAUAAAUUAGCCGAGUAUUUGUUAUACAGCGAUGGCAAAGAAAUAACCGUCACAUCCGUAGUUAAUUUUUGCAUUGACGAAAAAAACAGCAAAGAUUUGCGUCAAUAUUUGUUAAAUAUUGCCGAACAAUGCGAAAAUAAAGAAUCCUCCGAAAAUACCAAUAUUGAGUUACCAUCUGUGAUCAUACUGGAUAAUUUACAUCAAGCUUCGUCGCUAAACGAAAUAUUAAAUAUUUUAUCCAAUUUCAAAUGCAAUAAGUUUACUCCUUACGUGAUCGGUACUCUGAAUCAGUCCACGUAUUCGUCAACUGAUCUGCAACUUCAUCAAAAUUUCAGGUGGAUUUUAUGCGCAAAUCACCUAGAACCGGUUAAAGGAUUCUUGAGUAGGUAUUUAAGAAGACGUUUGAUCGAAGUAGAGUGUAAAAAAGGUGCUAAAAAUACGGAACUGUGGAGAAUAAUUGAUUGGAUACCCAAAGUACAACAUCAUUUGAACCAGUUCCUAGAAACGCAUGCUUCUUCUGAUGUUACCAUUGGACCCAAGUUAUUUAUGUCUUGUCCUAUGGAGGUUGACGGAUCCCAAGUGUGGUUUACUGAUCUCUGGAAUUAUUCGUUGGUACCGUACUUACACGAUGCGGUCAAAGACUGUCUACAAUUACAUGGUAAAAGAGCUCCUUGGGAAGAUCCAACCCAAUUCAUCAUUCGUAACUAUCCGUGGAGUAAAAGUACCACGAUUCAUGGUGGAAUUGAAGCAUUGAUGAGAUUACGCCCCGAAGAUGUAGGUUACGAAGUUAAAUCUGAAAGUGAUCCUUUGUUGAAUAUGUUGAUGACAUUGCAAGAAGCAGCAAAUUAUACAAGUAGCACUCAUAAUAUUUCCACCGAGUCAACAAACGGUCCGGUUUUAACAACCAAUUGUAAUAAUUCUACUAUUUGACAAAUGCCAAAAUUUCCAACGGUGUGUUUUUUAAUUACUAAGUUGAUUAAAAUAAAAUAUCAUAUGCAUAACAUAUUUUAUCCUACCAAAGAUAUUAAGCGCUUCCGUUGCUCAUUUUUUUCAUUUUUUUUUUUUUUUUUUUUUUUGUAAAUUUUUAACGUAUUUUUCAGAAUUAUACGUUCAACGCUUAAGCGAUUUUUUUAAAUCUUAUAUAUUUUUUAUCCUUUGAACAUCUUACUUGCGAACGAAAUCGAAUUAAAUGAUGAGUUUACUUCCGAAAAUGACAAUAAAUUUUUUACGAGAAAUCAUCCGAAAAAUCUGCCAUUUUGUAACGCAAAAUGAUAUUCUUCUUUUGUACAUUUUGUACUUUAUUGUCAUUUUUUUAUCGAAUGUUCUUUUAUCUUAUGAUUUUUAUCUCAAAUGUAUUAGUCAGAAUUUUUGUUCAUAUUCGUAUCAUACCUAUUUUUUUUAAAAAGUAAUUUUUAUUUUUGAUGAUGUUUUUUUUUAUUAAUUAUAAUAAAUAUUGUUCUAUAA